AUGCCUGAGGUCACUGGCCCCGUUGAUCACAGGCGAUGUUCUGAUGGUCCAGGCAAAACCCAAUCCUUUCGAGCAUCGCCCGAAAAGAACCAGGAAGGCCUCCAUGACAGGAGAGAUGAUCGGUCCAAGAUGACUGUAGAGUUGGUGAACCAUCUACAGAACGUCACCAUAAUAGCAUAUAUUGUUAUUGCGGAUCAAGAGGCUUUUCAGACUGGACGGUUACGGCUACUCUGUUUGGAUGCUAAACGAAACAUUGUCCGGGAGGUUCGCGUUGAUCGGAAGCCAGCUGAGAUCAUGCAACUUAUUCGCCACUCGAUCCCAAUAUUCGGACCUUGA